CUGUAUCCUUGAUGUCUCACACACAAAGAAAUCUCAACCUAGGAUGUCUGGCGAAGCCGCCAUUUCAAAACGUUUAGGAAUUACAGGGGCUGUGGAAAUUUUCUAUUCAUAUAUUUUUUAUUUUUCUACCAUAUUUUUAUUUUGACUAGGAAAAAGGGCAUUUGCUUUUUUUUUUAAAUUUUAUUUUGCCUGUUUGAACAAUAGGGAUGGAUUCAGACCCUGAACAGAAGCCGAAAGUGUCUAAGAAUGAAUGCCAGAGAUCUGCAGGUGACUUCACUUCCAGGUCUGUCCUGUGGUGUCUUUUAGACUCCUGCUAUAUGGUAAAUGGUAAACCUUUCAGGGGGCGAGGGCUCAAAGGCCGUGGGGGACGUAUGGGCCGAGGUGGGAUGCGCGGUGGGCGAGGCAUGGUGAAAGGCUUUGGUCCACCAGGACGUGGGAGAGGCCGAGGGAAAGAUGGAGCCAUGAAUGGAUUCGGACCCAUGAGAGGAAUGGGGAGGAUGAGACCUUAUCCAGACCUCAGAGGUCAUCGUAGUAGGGGUGGUCCAAUGGGUAUGGGUCCGCCGCCUCCUCCUCCUCCUCCUCCUCCUCCUAUGCACUUUCGAGGCCCAUUCCCACCCAUGCCAAGGCAUGGACCCCCUCCACCCUCCCCUCCAGGUCACCCUGGUUUCAGAGGGCGCCCACCCCACCCGCGAGGCAGAGGUAUGCCACCACAUGGUCCUCCACGUCACUUCCUCCCCCGUGGACCAAGAGGCUACCACAAUGGACCGGUCUCUCCUCCGCCUCACCCCCCACCUGGCAGAGGCCAGAGAUGGCCAGGCCCCCCUGGUGGCCGCCGAUUUUAACACAGCCUGAACUAAAAUCUAUAAAAUGAGUACCUGUUUAAUGUAGAACUGGCCUAAAAUGGAGAAGGAAAGGAAUUGUCCCUCAACUAUGUGUCAUACAGUAUUGAAUAUCUAUAAACCACCCUGUUGCCAAGUAUUAUUGGUAUUGUAUUCCGGCAAUGAGAGCAAACGUCCUUGUUCCAAUUGAAGAUGCAUAAAAUGAUGCAUAACUUGGCAAUGUGAAAGCGUUAACACAUUGUGUUGCUCAUAAAUAAUGUUGCCGCAGCAGACUUUUGGUCUUGUUAAAAGAUGUUCGUAGUUGAACUUGAUGUUCAUCAAGGGGAAAAAAUGUUUCGUAAAUGUUUUGUUAUUCUUGUCACCUGUUAGCCUUAACAUUUUUCCUGAUUUUUACAAUAAAGACUAAAAAAUGGUGACACUGUAUCUUUAACGGUGCAAGAAGUGGGGAAAAAGUACCGUCCCCUCAAGGAUUAAUGUUACACCUUAGACCUCCCUUGUCUUUAACAACAUAGUUAUGUAUUAUGUCGCAAAAUAGUGCAACAAAUAUUGUUAAACACUUGCCCAUUUGUCAAGUGAUUGGACAACAUUGAAUUUGUCAAGUAUUCGUGAAUAUUUAAUUUUAUAAUAUAUAUCUUAAAUGUGCAACUAUUUUAGGUAAUGGGUACUGCUUUAUGAAAGAUUCAUGUUGUCUCCAGCAAUCUAUUGUGAAAUGUCACUAAGGCAUUAUAAAUAAAUAGUAUACUGAAGUAACUUAUAUUAGUUAUAUUUCAAUUUUAUUUAUAUUCACUUUAGUCCGGUAGAAGUUACUCUUUACUCUGUUCGGUUUUUUUGAGGUGUUACUUCAUUAUUCAUUGUCAUUAACAUAACUUUUGUGAACCUGUGAAUGUGUUUUAUGAAAACGUUUAAGAUAUGAGACAGUCGUGAAAGAAAACAAAAUAAAACAAAAAAUAAAUAAA